UAUAAAAGUUUCACUCAACCCGCAUAAUACCACCUACACUGUUCUAUCCUUGUGUCUUGCACCGGUUCUCUCCCCCUAUUCGCCCCUUGUCUUUGGUGAUACCAUCCAUCUCGUUAUAGAAGGACAAUCCUCCCGUAGCCAAUUAUUCCAAGUAAUGGACGACGACGACCUCGAAAUCAAGCCAGCCCUCCGCUGGGAGGACGUAGAAGCCGCCUCUCGUGGUGGCCGUGGCCUUACUCGUCGUGACUCAAAUGGAUCUAUGUCCAUCCAUAGUGUGCGGACACGCCGUGAAGUUGACCCAGCUAUUGCCCUACCUAUCCAAUACCGUACACUAUCGUACCAGAUAUCCGAGUCGAAACAAGUCCACGACCUUAAGGAACGUGUAAAUGCUAAAGAUGCAGCUACGAAAGAAUUUUCUGCACUGGAAUGGCACGCCAUAUCAACCGAUGAAGCCCUUCGCCGCCUCAGUACAUCAGUCACCGAGGGUCUGUCCGAUGACCAAACACUUCGCAGAACCAAGGAAUAUGGUAAAAAUGCUCCCUCCCCGCCAAAGUCCCAUACGCUCCGGACCUGGUUCGGAUACUUUUUCAAAGGCUUUGGUUCCGUCCUCCUUGUAGGCGCUGUUCUAGUGUUCGUCUCUUGGAAACCCCUCGGACAGCCCCCUUCUCUCGCAAAUUUGGCUCUUGCCGUUGUUCUUCUUGCUGUAUUCCUUCUCCAGGCUGCUUUUAAUGCAUUCCAAGACUGGAGUUCCUCCCGUGUAAUGAGCUCGAUCAAGAAUAUGUUGCCCGAAGACUGUCUUGUUACUCGAAAUAGCAUGCAAGUAUCUCUACCAGCAACAGAUCUUGUUCCGGGAGAUAUUGUACUCGUUAAAGCAGGCAAUAAACUACCGGCGGAUUUGCGGUUCCUACAGGUCUCGAGCGAUGCGAAACUGGAUAGAUCGAUUCUUACUGGAGAGUCGGUUCCCUUGGCCGCCAGUGUCGACUCAACCGAUGAUAACUACCUUGAGACUCGUUGUAUUGGAAUGCAAGGAACACAUUGUGUGUCUGGCUCUUGCAUUGGUCUAGUUGUGGCAACUGGUGACCGUACAGUCUUUGGCCGCAUUGCAGCCUUAACACAGGAGCCCAAGACCGGGCUAACAACGCUCGAAAAGGAGAUCCUAUACUUCGUAAUCAUUAUUUGCUCAAUUAUGCUGACCAUGAUAAUUAUUGUUCUUUUUGCCUGGGGUUUCUGGUUGAGACGCGAUCAUCCCGACUACAUCAGUAUACCGACCCUAAUUGUCGACAUCGUCAGUGUCGCAAUUGCAUUUAUCCCUGAGGGCCUACCUAUAGCAUUGACGGCUGGAUUGACAAUUACUGCAAACCUGAUGCGAAAGAAUAGUGUCUUGUGCAAGUCAUUAAAAACGGUUGAAACACUCGGUUCCGUGUCUGUAAUCUGUUCCGACAAAACUGGAACGUUGACUCAGAAUCGUAUGACGGUGACUGAAUGCACAAUCGGCACUCAUACUAUCACAGCAGAUGAAGCUGAGGACGAGCUCCUUACAAGCACUGCACCAGACAUCGCUGGGAUUGUGACCACAGGUGUUGAUCAAGUCAGAGCCAUCUGUGCACUCUGCAACGCUGCAGAGUUUGAUGCUGCUACUUCUGAUUUGCCACUUGAGAAUCGACGGGUCUUUGGUGAUGCUACGGAUCAAGCCGUUCUAAGGUUCUCGGAGAAACUCGGAUCGGUCAAUCAUAUGCGUCAAUGCUGGAAUAAGACGUAUGAGCUUGCGUUCAACAGUAAGAACAAGUUCAUGAUGAGGACUUUUAUUAUGUCUAGAAAAGAUUGCUUGGCAGCAACGCUGCCCGAGCAAGAGGCAGAUGGUUUCAAAUCAGGAGAUACCUUAUUGACAAUCAAGGGUGCGCCUGAUAUCCUCAUUGGGAGAUGUUCGUCUUACACUACAAAUGCGGGAGACACCCGCCCGUUAGACGAUGAUGUGAAAGCAACGUUUGAAAAUCUGAAAAACGAAUAUAGUAGCCAAGGCAAACGCUGCAUCCUUCUCGCUCGUAAAGUUAUUCGCCAGUCAGAUCUUCCCUUCGACCGCAACACAAGUCAAUUCGAGGAGACGGUUCUACUGGAAGCCAAAGCAGAUUUGACUUUAGUAGGACUCCUAGCCAUCGUCGACCCAUUGCGUCCCGAAAUCCGCGACGUGGUCCAGACGUUACGCGGCGCCGGAAUUCGCAUAUUUAUGGUUACUGGAGACUAUGCAUUGACAGCCCUUGCUAUCGCUUUGGAUGCCGGCAUUGUCAGUGAUCCAUCAUCGCUUGUCCAUACUAUCUCUGCACUCCCGCGGGAAGAGGGACCCGUCGGCGAGCUGCCCAAGACUUCUCGUUCUUCCAUCGUCAUCAGCGGCCCGGAGCUACUUCAACUCAACGAGUACCAGUGGAAACUCCUUACUCAAUACCAAGAAAUCGUUUUUGCACGGACCACUCCAGAGCAGAAGCUCCGCAUCGUGAAGGAAUUUCAACAAGGCAAUGUUGUAGCGAUGACGGGCGAUGGAGUCAACGAUGCGCCGUCCCUCAAAGCUGCGGAUGUUGGUAUCGCACUCGGCUCCGGUUCAGAUAUUGCGAUUGAAGCGGCUGAUAUGGUCCUUCUUGAGUCCUUUUCUUCUGUGGUCGAAGCUGUUGAAUAUGGUCGUGUAGUCUUCGACAAUUUGAAGAAGGUCAUCUGCUACCUCCUACCAGCUGGCAGCUUCUCUGAGUUCUGGCCAAUUAUGGCUAGUAUCCUGCUUGGCAUUCCCCAAAUCCUUUCCUCGUUCCUCAUGAUCAUCAUCUGCUGCCUCACUGAUUGUGCUGCUGCAACUGUACUGUCCUACGAAAAACCCGAAGCUGAUGUUCUUCUGCGCAAACCGCGAGACGUGAAGAAAGACCGUCUUGUUGACUGGCGACUGCUACUUCAUGCCUACGGAGUAAUAGGCGUGUUCCAGACGGUUACGUCCUUUUUUGUAUCGUUUUGGUACCUUCAGCGCAACGGGAUUCCCUUUAAUCAGCUAUGGUUUGCCUUUGGCAAGAUUCCAGAUGGAGUUGACCGGGACUAUUAUACAGAAAAGUUGAAUGUUGCUUCAUCCAUUUACUUUGUUAACCUAGUCGUCAUGCAAUGGUUCAACUUACUCGCAGUCCGAACGCGACGUUGGAGUAUCUUCCAACACCCACCUGCCUUCAAUAAGAGAACUCAAAACCUUUAUAUUUUCCCUGCCAUCCUUUUUGCCUUAUCGAUGGCGCUUCUUUGGCUCUAUAUUCCCCAGUUGCAUCAUAUUCUUGGCACAUUACCCGUACCUGUUGAGCAUUGGUUCUUGCCGUUUGCCUUUGGAUCUUUCAUCUUAUUGUUCGAUGAGACCCGGAAGUUCUUUGUUCGGAAAUACCCCAAAGGUCCGAUUGGCAAGUUGGCUUGGUAAAUAGGGAGCAUGAACGUACAUGAUGCAGGAUAGGCUAUCUAAAUACUGAUUCGGACUUCCGGGUCGUAGAUAACUUAAAUACCAAUUAGCCUACGAGUCUAUAUUG